AUGGAAACCUUCUACAAUGGGCUGAAUGGACAAAACAGAGAUAUAGUAGAUGCAUCAUCUGGAGGAGCCCUCUUGGACAAGACUUACAUUGAAGCAUAUGAUAUCCAAGAAAGGAUGGCAUACAAUAAUGACCCAUGGCCAACAGAGAGGUCAAUUGCACAGAAUGAAGUUGCAGGAUUACUAGAGCUUGAUGCUAUAUCUUCAUUAGCAUCACAUACAUCCUCUCUGAAUAAUAGUAUAGAGACUUUCAAUCUUACUGCUAAUGCUAGAGCACAACAAGCACAUUCAAUUUAUAAUGUUGUAUCUUGUGUUUUCUGUAAUGGCCCAUAUGUUUAUGAUGAUUGUCCCCAAAAUCCUCAAUCUGCUUGGAAACAGCAAGGGUCAGCGUAUGCUACAGCACUGCAAGAUCACAGACCACCAUUCCAGCAACAGCAACAGCAUUACCAGCAGCCUGAACAACAAGCUGACAACUCUGAUGCACUGGAGAGUAUGCUGAAGGACUUUAUGGCAAGAAAUGAUGUUCUUAUCCAAGACCAAACUGCAUCAAUCAAGAACUUGGAGACUCAAAUGGGUCAGUUGGUAGAAUCUGUGAGAGAUAUAUCAUAUGAAACACUGCCCAACAAUAUUGAAGAUCCAAGAAGCAUUGGAUAUGAGCAAAUCAAAGCUGUAGCAUUAAAGAAUGAGAAGGCAAAUGCUACAGCGAAGCAACAACACUGUCAGCAAGUUAACAGGACAAUUAGACCACCAUCUCCCUUCCCUCAAAGACUUCAGAAGCAACAAGAUGAUGUGCCAGAGAAUAGUACCUUAUGUGAUAUUGAGGCUAAUGCGAAUUUGAUGCCCAUGAAUCUACUAGAAAAGAUGGGAAUAAAGAGCAUAAGGUCUACAAAGAUGACUUUGCAAGUGCCUAUAGUCAAGUCAUGA